AUGGCUCCCGCACGCAAGAAGUCCAGGCUCGAGCAGGCUCGCCAGUACCUUACCAGUGGCACUAUCCAGCGCGAAGACUCGGACGAUGAACUGGGCCAGGACGACUUGCCCUGGGAGUGGAUCUACGAGGAAGAGACUUCACACGAUGCGACACAGAAGAAAGCAGAGAGGACCCUGACCCUGAGAAAAAGGAAAGCCGCCGCCUUGACGACCGACAGACGCAUCAUUGGAGCGAAGAUGGGAAGUUUUGAAUGCAAGAUAGGAGAUGCCGUGCUCCUCAAGGCAGAGGGAAACAAGGCUUGGGUUGGCAUUAUCUGCGAGCUAUACGAUGGCGAAGAGGAAGAGGAUGACGACAAGAUGGCAAAGUUCAUGUGGUUCUCCGGCGAAAAGGAGAUUCGAAAUAAGAGCAAGAAGAGAGACGAUUGUCUCGAGAACGAGCUCUAUAUUACUACUGCCUUUGAUCUCAACCCUCUGACCACCAUCAUUGGCAAGGCAAACGUUGUUUCUCUCGAAACCUUCAACGCAAAGUACCCCUCAGGUCAAAUUAAGAAGUCUUCCAAGGACUACGGCAAAAUGUUCGUUUGCCGGCGCGGUUGCAACACGCGUACAACUACAUACACAGAGGAGUUCAAGUGGGAGGACAUCUACAAAGGCGUAGAAGAUGUUGAGGCGCUUCAAGUAUUUGUAGACAGCCAUACAAAGUCUACUAGGAAGAAGCAAGCUCGACCUAAAACAGACAAUGCAGACCUGGACGACUUCGUCGUCAACGACGAGGAUGGCAUUCCUAGGACUCCGAAGAAGCGGCGGAGAUUGAAUGAAGUGGCAACGCCCACAUCGAAGCGGAAAGAUCAGACACACGGGAAAUUCCUCACGCCAACUCACAAGAGGAUUGUGAUCAAGAAACCCCUCGAAUUCACCCCUCUGGGCACGCGCAUAAUCUCUCCGUCCGCGCUCUCGUCGCCGUUUCAGAUUGCUCGGAACCAACUACACGUGUCGUCGGUCCCUGCUGCAUUACCCUGUCGCGAGGAGGAAUUCUCGACCGUCUACUCGCACUUAGAGGCCGCUAUCACCGAGGGAUCAGGGUCCUGCAUUUACAUAUCCGGUACGCCCGGAACCGGGAAGACAGCGACCGUGCGAGAAGUCGUGGCGCAGUUGAACGCGUCAGUUCUAGCGGAGGAGCUCGAUGAUUUCAUAUUCGUGGAGAUUAAUGGUAUGAAAGUCACAGACCCGCACCAGUCGUAUUCACUUCUAUGGGAGGCCUUGCGAGGCGACCGCGUUAGUCCUGCACAUGCCCUGGAGCUGCUGGAGCGCGAGUUCUCAACCCCGAGCCCGAGGCGCGUACCCUGCGUCGUGCUCAUGGACGAGCUGGACCAGCUCGUGACCAAAAACCAGAGUGUCAUGUACAACUUCUUCAACUGGCCAGGGCUGCGACAUAGUAGGCUAAUUGUGUUGGCUGUAGCCAACACUAUGGAUCUUCCCGAGCGCACGUUGAGCAACAAAAUUAGUAGUCGCCUAGGCCUCACCCGCAUCACCUUCCCUGGCUAUACUCACGACCAGUUAAUGCAAAUCAUCCAGUCUCGUCUCAGCGGCGUCCCCGGCCAUGUCGUUCAGCCAGAUGCAGUCCAAUUUGCCGCACGAAAGGUUGCCGCCGUGAGCGGCGAUGCACGGCGUGCUCUAGAUAUGUGCCGGCGAGCUGUCGAGAUUGCAGAAGCCGAAGCAAUCGCUAAAGAGCAAGAAGCUGAAGAUAACGAUGCAGUUCCCGACACGCCAAGUAAAAGCAAGAGUCGCCGAGGUGCGAAAAGCGCACUCCCAGGUAAGGAUAAAGGUAACACUGCAGAAAUGCACGACAGUCAAACCCCGAGCUCGAGGCAGAAGCAAAGCAAGCCUGUCGGCGUCGUCACUAUCGCCACCAUUAAACAGGCCAUCAACGAGGCUACGUCUAGCCCGCUACAACAGUACCUCCGCGCGCUGCCGCUGGCUUCUAAACUCUUCCUCGCGGCGCUUUUGGCGAGGAUCCGGCGGACAGGCGUCGGUGAAGCACUGAUGGGUGACGUGGUUGAAGAGGCGAAGCGCCUUGGUCUCAUGAGCCAACUGCAACCGGUGCAGCGAUAUCUCCUCGCCGAGAACGAAGAAGUCACGACCAAAAGCGCUAGCACGAGGCAGAUGGAUGCCAAGGCUGCCCGCGCGCUUGGGCUGGGCAAGGCGGCUUUGGAUCUCGCCGAAGCAGGCAUCGUUGGUGUGGAGAGUCGGCGAGGAGAGAGGGUGGGCAGGGUUCGGUUGGGGGUUGGAGACGAGGAGGUGAGGCUAGCGCUAGGGGAGGAUGAGGAGGUCAAGGGGCUAGGCUUCGGAUCAUGA